AAUGACCUCUCAGCUCAGAAAAAAAUACAUACCUUGUUUCAUUGAUGACAAGGAUGUAUGAAAAUACUAACUUUAUGUCUGUUUUUGUUGAAGAUUAUCAACUUAUAUCGUGAACAGAGUAACACAUGGCUCAACUUAUUAAUGCACAUAAAUAUAAAAAUAGAUCUGGCGCACAUUUUGUAAUGACUUUUUGGUUUAAAAACUCAAAUUAGAAAAUUACAACACAGCUAAAGCAAUAUACGGUCAACCGAAUUUAAUCGAGGUGACUCUAAUUUCAGACUUAAAUUGAACUGUGAGCUAAGCUUUGGCACCGAUUCCUUGUAAGGCACAACGCAACAUCUCGAAACUUGUUAACUUAUUCUUUUGUUAAACUGUUAAUUUAUUAAGAUAUUUUCCUACAUAUAUUUCUCAAGAUGACGUCGCACCACAAAGACGACUCAAAGCUUGUUCAAAUUGCGAGAGUUUCUAGCGGCGGAGUAGCGGGAAUAAUUGCAGAACUGGUAACCCUUCCGGUUGACACAUUGAAAGUACGCGCCAUGGUAGCCGGAGAGCCCAAAUCUCACAUGAACCCCCUGCAAAGAGCCAUGUCACGUGUCAAGGCAACCUACAAUUAUGGGGGUGCGCGGGCAUUUUACGGCGGAAGGGCAGGCUCAUUGGCCGCUGUGCAACGUCAGAUGGUGAUGAACUCAGUCAAAAUUGGGUUCUACGAGCAAGUCAGAGACAAAUACUGCGAGCUUUUCAACGUCUCAAAUAAUCCCUCAAAAAUGCCAAUGUCUAUCAAGUUCUUGUCGGGCUGCACAACAGGUGUCUUGGCUGUUUGUGUAGGACAGCCUACAGAUGUCGUCAAAGUCCGCUGCCAAGCCAAUCCUUCUCGUUACAAAACGUCAUUUCAAGCUUAUACAGAAAUAUUGAAAUAUGAAGGGGUUAAGCAGGGCUUGUGGCGAGGAACGGUUCCGAGCGCCAAACGAAGUAUGGCCGUCACGGGGGCUGAAGUCGGGACCUUUGAUGUCACGAAAACUUAUCUCAAAGACCAUAAGGUUUUCGAGGAAGGAUUUUUUCUCUAUUUUUCUUCGGCCCUUUUCACCGGGUUUGUUGCUACGAUCGUAGCGACGCCUUCGGAUGUGAUCAAAACUGUAUAUUCGAACAAAACAAAGCAUUGCGAAUAUAGCAACGUUUUCAGCUGCACCCGUGACGUUUGGGUCAAAGAUGGGUUCAAGGGUUUUUACAAAGGUGUGGUUUUCAAUGGAUGUCGACUCGUAUUGUGGAACGUUUGCAUGUUUGUCAGUCAUGAAUAUCUGAUCAAACUUAUUGACGAAACAAAGAAAAGAAAAUGAAUGACAAGACGAAACAAAAGAAUACAACCGAGACGAUUCAUUCAUCUUUUUAGAUUUUAAUUUCUUAUGUUUAUGAUACAUUCAAACUGACUUACUUACAGAUUCUAACUUAAUCAGAGUUUAUUUUUGCAAUUGAAACCGAACGUAGAAUUU